UGUCUCUUGCUCAGUUCAUUUAAUUUCUUCUCUGGCUCCACCAUAAAUCUCGCUCCCAAUGAAGAUUGCCAUUAAACCCUUGUUCAAAUCCGAAACUCCUCAUCAUUUACGCAUCGCAGAUGUACUUCUACUUCAAGACGAGGAAGAGGAGGCUCUGAUUUUGAUGAAGGGUGACGACCGCAACCGGUCAGACUGCGCCUUGCCUCGCCGGAUUCUAGGGCGGCUAUUGGAAGGGCUAAGGUGGAGUAAACGGAGGAGAGAAAAAGAGAUCGAGAGCGAGAGAGGAAAUGAUGGAUCCGACGGUCAGGAUUCUUCGUCAUCUCUGGUUCCGGCGUUUGAUUCGCCAUCAGAUACGGCAGAAAGAUGUAGGAGAGAGAACUCUUUCAAUUUAGGAAUUGGUUGUUGUCUACUAUAUCUGGUUGCCGCAAAUAAAAAUGAACUGAACAAGAUGAUGGAGUUGCGGGCGCAAAUGGAGAUGAUUCUCCAGAAUGUAAAACUGGAAUCGCAAAGGAAAGAUGAACUCACCAAUACUCCUGAAACCAAUGAAAUAUUUGCAUAUUCCACAUCCGAUGCUGCGGCCCCAGAAGGUCCAGAAUCUAACACCCAAAUUCCUCCACCAUCAGAUCAUGUUGUAUCCGAUGAUCAGUCUUUGAAAUCUGAUGUGUCCAAACCGGAAGAUUGCUUUGGGGGAAUGAAUCAACUCGAAGCAGAACUUGAAAUGGAGCUAGAACGUUUGCAACUCCGCUUGGAUGCUGAGAAAUUCUUGGGUAAUCCGCAGGAGGAAAGCAUAAAGGUGAUGGAGGAGAAUACUUCUGCAAGAACCAGUUUCAGCUCCUCAGAAGUGAUUGAUGCUGGAUUCGAUAUUCAAGAAGACUGCUCUGAAUCACAAUCUGGAAUUCCUCCAUUUGAACUGGAGAGAAAAUUGCACGAACUGCUGGAAGCUAGACAGCAAGAACAGAUAAGAGAGCUAGAGGCUGCUCUGGGGUGCGUCAAACACAAGCUCCGCGAUAAAGAAACAGAGAUUUCAUGGUGGAAAGAAACUGCACGGCUUCUUUCACAGCAUGUUUCUGAAUCUUCAUGCCGCUCUUUCGGGAAUUUGCACUGAGAAAAUUGUAUCAUUAGAACACGCUCAAAUCUCCACAAUGGGUAUGAGAGAUUAGAAAAAUCAAUAAAUAGAUUUAAGUGUAGAAAGAAAGCAACUUGCAGGUUUGGUGUUGCAUUUCCUGUUUCUCUUUUUAAUCCUUGGAGUUGUAGCCAGUAAUUUUGGCUGUAUAUUUAAGAGCUUCAUGGAUGGUGUAGGGAUCUUCUUAGAUCGUUUGAAUAAGUUUAGAGGCCUGAUUAUAAUAAUCAAAACUAUAGACUUGAUAGAACUAUGUUUGGAAUGACAAGUACCACCCAUGUAAUUUUCCCUCUUUUAAAAGAAAAGUUUUGCUGGGUCCCUCCAAUUUAAUAAAACUGCUAAUGUUGA